AUGGGUGUGGGAAACGAGCUAGUUAAACCGCAACUUGCAGCUGGUGAAGAGUUAACUGGUGGAAAUAUCAAUAAAAUAUUCACCCAAAGAUCAGUUUGGAUUUUGCCAUCUGAGAAACUUGAUGAUUUAUGCAAAGAUGAGGUAUAGUACUACAUCAGUAUGUUUCCUAAAUUAAGACUAUGUAUUAGUAUUAAUUGUUGAAAGUUGUUUAAAAUUAACAGCCGUUCCGCACGUAACCAAUUAAUUGUAGUUGUAAAGACAUUGUAUACAAUAAAGUAUUGAGUUGAAAUAUGUCUACAUACAAUUACAAUAACCCUAAUCCAAAUGCUAACCCAAAGCCUAACCCUAAAGUUGAUAACUUUUUUUUCAAUGUAUGCAAUAAAGUAUUAAUUGGGUUGUAAUGGGUCUACCAUUACAGUGACCAUAAUCCAAAUGCUAAACGUAACCACUGAUCCUCCGGUUGAUGACCUUUUCUUUUGGUCAGAGACGGAUUUUCAUAUUUUUGUUCGGGGGGUGGAUAAAUAUCUGGGGGGUACUGCUGCUUGCUUUGGCCGGCGCGUGGUGGCAACACCCGGAAAAACCAAGGAAAAAGUUUAACAAAAUCUGAUUUCUAGGCCUGCAUGGCGAGAUCUGAGACCAUAAUAUUGGUAAUUUUACAGAUUUAGUAGUAAGAAUAAUCAAAUAUGAAACUAUCAAAUCAAAAUAAAUAUAAUUUACGGAGGUGCAAAAACUUUUGGGGUCGGUGCCAAAUGGCUCUGGGGGGUGCAAAUCAUUUCUGGGGAGUGCGCACCACCCUGCACCCCCCAGCAAAUCUGUGCCUGCGUUUGGUAAUUUCCCCACCUCGGCCUGACCUACCUCCUUUUUAGGGCCAUUACAUUUAUAACUAAAACUUUUGUCCAAUGCUUGUAAUUUUGCCUUCAGUUACAACACAAUACUUUAUUGCAUACAAUGGCUGUGCUGUACAACUGCAAUGGAUCAUUGCAUGGUUGCAAUGUGCGGCAGAACAGGUGAAAUUAAGGCAUAGUCUAAUUUAAAAAACUUCUACUUAAGAAAUAUUUCUUUUAAAAACCUUAUCCUAAAACCCAUCCCUUUUAGAACUUUAGAAUUGCAGCUAUUUUUCGAUGAUGUGCUCUAUUUUAUGAGUAUCAUGGCAGCAUUUUCCUUGCUUAUAGUACCUUCUAGUUAUGUUGAUAUUUGAUUACAAUACUUCACAGAUUAUUCAAUCCAGUUCCAGUGAAGAUGAGAUGAUAGCAAGCACAUCUUACUAUGACAUAAGAGACUUAAUAAAAGGUGCUACAGAGAUCGCUCAUUCAUCCACAGAGAAGGCGCCUUCGUCUACAGAGAAUGCAUCUUUGUCCACGGAGAAGGCGUCUUCGCCUUCUGAGAUGGUUUCUUCCUCAGAGAUGGCUUCUUCCUCAGAGAUGGCUUCUUCCUUAUCCAAUUCUUCUGAAUGUUGUGCAAGUGAUGUGCAAAUGCUCAGAGAUGUUUUUCCCAACAUAGAUCGUCAGAAAAUUUCAGACACUCUUGUGACUUCUGGUAUGGAUUUGGAAAAGGCAAUUAAUAAGAUUCUCAGUGAAUCAGGUACUGUAUACAUGCAUAGAGCAUACCUUUACUGCAUUGCAUUUUUGAUGAUCGUCAUCAUCAAAUUACAAUAGAGUUGUGAAUAUAAUAUGGCCAUAAUAAUAAUAAUAAUAAUAUUUCAAUUCAAUUCAAUAGACAAUCAGUUGUUUCAAAUAGUUAACAAGUCCGGACUUUCCCAUUCCUUAUUUCGAUGGCAGAAAAUGUAAUAAGUACUUCGAAUGGCAAUAGUCAUUUCCUAACAUUUCUAUUUAUAUAUAUAAUUUAUGAAGAAAUAAGACAUAAUUGUACUGGUAUUCAUUUGUUCAAUCUUUGUAUUUCCUUGUUAUAGCUUCGGAAGAAGCUGAACGUAGUCAUGAAGAUAACAGUGAUGAUCCAGAGCUGGUACAGCAACUGGAUGAGCCACUGUCUCAUAGAUUUUUUUAUGAUGAUGAAGAUGGGUUGCAAUCUCUUCAAAAUUUUAUUUCCAAAGCAGUUAAUCCUUUUGGUCAGGAACUGGAUAUGUGCCUUGACAGGAACGAGGACAUAUUGGAACAAGCAGUAAGGAAGUACAAACAUCCAUCAUUUGAUACGACAAGGCCCCUCAACGUUGCAUUUCAAGAUGAGCCAGGAGUUGAUGCUGGCGGGGUGACAAGAGAGUAUUUUUCUCUCUUAAUGCAGAGGUUGGAGAACCAAACUGGUACCCUUAAGUUGUUUGAGGGUACAAGUGGACAUCUGGUUCCAAUGCAUAAUUAUGAUUACCUGUCAGGAGGGUUAUUUGUUAUGGUUGGAAAGAUGAUCUUGCAUGCUAUUCUAAAUAAAUGCAAUGGCAUGGCAGGAUUAUCUCGAGCAGCUGUUGCAUACAUCAUCAGUGGCAGUCGUGAUGCAGCUGUAGAACAUAUUGUGUUGGAUGAUAUUCCUGACCCAGUGAUGCAGGAUCAAUUGCGGCAGGUAUAUGGGCAUAGAAAAUGUAAAUGGUUAUUUAGUAUGCAUGCCUAAGCUGUGUGGAUUGAUGUAGUUCCAUCGUACUGAAAACUGUCAUAAAGUCACACACACGAACAAACAAAACUUGUCAAUGAAAACUUGUUCGUGUGUACCGGACGUAAAGGUACUAUUAAAUUUUGAAUGAAAAGACUAAAAGAGUGCGCACUGGUCAUUCUACAGUCUUUAGUUUGUUCGAACAUGGAUAAUAAAAUAAAUUAUCCAUGGUUCGAAUAGAUGAAUAGAAUUGUCAAGUUAGUAAAGCCGGUUAGUGUGAGGGCGUUAUUUUAAAAUGUGUUUGUCUCUUGAACAGCUGGAUCGGUCUACGAAUGAACAGCUCAGCCAAUUUACUACAACCGACAGCUCACUUGACUUAACCGAUCUUUUGAUGGCCGAACGACGGCACUUGGCAUAUGAAUGUUGUCUAUUUUACGAAGUGAUCACAAAAAGAAUAGCAGCACUUGAUGACAUCAGAAAAGGUUUGCAGAGUGUGAAAGUUAUGGGCAACACAGCAUUAGUCCUUCUCUCAAAAUGGCCUGAAUUAAAAGAUAAGUUCUUUCCUAAAGCACAGUUUGAGGCAGUAGAUGCAGCCGCACUGAUCUCGCGUAUCUUCUAUGUCAUGGGUGAUGUCCAUGCAAACCACGAAGUACGAGCAUUCUUUGAGAGAUAUAUCGAUGAAGUAGCAGCCAGAGAUG